AUGAAGUCCACCAUCAUCUCCAGCCUCGCGCUGCUCACCACAGCAGCAUCAGCCAUCUCCCUCCCCAACAGCAACUUUGGCUGGAAGCGUCCCUGCAGCCAAGCCGAAGUCGCCCUCGCAACAGGAAUCCACCUCAACAUCCAAGGCCAAUAUUCCGAAUACAAUGGCACUUUGAAAACCGAACAAGUCGAACAAGCACACCCGAGUGGUCCCACUCCCGAUUUCUAUCUCGCCAAGGGAAUGCUGCAAUCUGAUAUCCAAGAGGGUAUGAAUCUUCGCCUGUUCAACCAGCAGAUUGCUCCGCCUGGGAAUCCGGCGAUUCCUGGUCUUGCGCAGUACGAAACCGCACAACAGACGGAGAAGAACCAAGUGAAUGGUUUGACUGGUACCUACGCCACCGACAAGCCCACCUUUGACAUGUUGAAGACGGAGAUUAUGAAUGGGAUUCAGUUGAAUGAGAACAACUUGAAGGCGGCUGUGUCUGAGUGUGACUUCACUCUCAAGUUUCCUCCGGCGAACGAGCAGGCUUUGGGCUAG